GCGGGCGGGGAAAAGCGCCCGGGAGGGAGGAGCCGCUUUGCGCCGGCAACAUGGCAGCGUCCAGCCGGGCCCAGGUGCUGCGGCUGUACCGCGCUCUGCUACGAGAGAGCCAGCGCUUCAGCGGCUACAACUACAGGACAUACGCCAUCAGAAGGAUAAGAGACGCCUUCAGAGAAAACAAGAGUAUAAAGGACUCUGCAAAAAUAGAAGAACUAGUGAAUAAAGCAAAAGAAAACCUGGAGAUUAUUCAUCGGCAGGGAAGAUCACCUGGCUGCUUGCUGGGAACAGCCAAAAUGCCCACAGAACUUCUUGGCUCCCUGUCCAGAUACCCCAGGAAUCAAACCUCUGCUGCACUGUAGAGCUGCCUAUAGGUGAUGUGCUGUUUGCAGACUGUUCAGUAAAUGCUAAAGACUCCUGAAUCCCUCUUCCUACUUCCAUAGAUUGCAUGUACCUGAGCUCCCUGGGCUGGCCCUCUCUUCCCACCAGGUACCCAAUCACUGGUUCAAGCCAUGACUUAGCAUUUCCAUAACACUGUUAUUUCAGUAGUUAUGUCAACGAAGGAAAUGUUAGCUACAUGAAGUAUUGUUACUUAUGCAUGUUUUUAAAAGCUAUAACCAGGUGCAACAAAUCAAUUUUGCAUCUCUUAAAGUUAAUCCAAAAAAAGCCCCACAUAUCACACCUUUAACGUGUGUGGGUAAUUGAGGGAGGUAAUGUUUCACUGUGUGAUUGUUGUGGAAUUAAUAACUGUGCAUGUAUGAUUUGUUGAGAGAAUGGAGUCUGGUUUGGUUUUAAACUUUUUUUUUUUUUAAAGCCAUAAAAUGAACUUCACAGGUAGCUCUGUUAAGGGGAAAAAAAAACAUACUCCUUUACUUUCAACCUCAGAAGUAAAAAACUAAAACACUGCAUGCUCAGUACAGAUUUAACAUCCUCAACCAUGUUUUGUCUUCUAAUUCCUUGUUUUGUUUUGCUGUCUUUUCUACACAUUUAUAUCUUUUUCAGUCAAAUAUUUUGUGGCUUUUAAUCUCUUUUAAGAGCUGAAUGUAAAAUAACACACUGAUUAUUCUAAUGGUAACAGGUAAAAGAGCUAUUAAGGUAACCAUUUGUCCUUCAGUGAUGGUGUUUCCCAAGUUUUCAGUAAGCACUGGAGAUCUGUGCUGCUUUAUGUUCUGUAGGGGAGUGAUGUUUCUAGUGGAAAUAAUUGUCAGUGCUUCAUUUCUACAAUUGCAUUUAAUUUCCUGGAUCCUCUCUAGGUGUAGGUACCUGCAGUGGAGCAGAAGAUGGGAUGCUUUUGAUGGGAAGGAAGAGCAGAUCCUGUAACUUCCUAUACAUUCGAUGCCAGUUAUACACUCCCAUGCCUGCCUGCAGGCAGUGCUUGCCAAGGGGAUUUCAAGCAUUUUAUGUCACCUAUGUUGCUCAGUCACAUAAAGCUGUGAUUGAAUCCUCACUUUACAAUCUUUUAAGCUCAUCCCCUACUGAGGAAGAUCAAUCAUCAUUCAUAAUAUUACAGUCUGGUAUUUAGGUGUGGGAGUGAUGUCCCUUGAUGUGUCAGCAUUUUGCCAGUGCUCAGCACGGAGGGAGAAUUUUGUCACUUCUCUUUUUAAUCUUGGUCACACUUUCCUUAAGGCUGCAUAAAAAUUCUUCUGUAUCAUUAUGCUCAGUCAUAAAGUGCGUGGUAUAGGUGACGUCUCAGUAGGGGAAGGACAUGCAGGAGCAUUAUGCUUUGUAAUCGCGCUGCAUGUCUUUUCUCAGGGAUAGGGGAGCACCUUUAUUUUAUUGAUAUCUUGGUUUGUUUGGGUUGGUUUUUUGUUUUUUUUUAAACAGUUCCCAAACCCAGAACAAAAAUUGUAACAGCAAUUUGCCACUUCCUUGCUGUGUGUCUUGCAUGGUCACUGGGCACUGCCUGAGGUGGAUGUAAGAGGCUGUAGCAGGCAAAGAAUUCUGGACCAGCAACAUUUCUGGAGGCAGGUUGUGGGUGCUCAGGACUCAGUAAUGUCAGCUCUGGCUGUCAAUAAGGCAGGGCAUAGGGAGCUUGGCUGUGGUACUUUGUCAAAGCACCUUUCCCCCCAGGUCACCAUUUGUCACACAAAAAGCCAUUACAGGAAGAAGAAGUCACAAUGAAAAAUAAAUACAUAGAGGAGAAUGUGAAGAAAAGUGUACGUAAUUCUUACUACACGAGGAAAAUAACAGCCAUGCCUUUGUUUCCUAAAAACUGUUUUUGAAGGGUGCCUUUUUUGCAUUAGGCAAUUCCCUGGAAGAUGUCUGAGUCUAUUUUUGCACUUCUGCACAAUAGUGUUCCUUGUAAGUGCAAAAAGCAUAACUGUUCCAGAGCACAGAAUGAGCUAUUUCAGCACACCUCUUCAGACAGCUGUGUGAUGUGGAAUAAGAAAGUCAGAAAAUGGCGUAAGUUAUAUGGCAUAGUUCUUCCAGUGAUUCCAGAUAUAUGCUUGCCAAUCUUGUGAUAGUUCUUGUGUAAGGGAUUGUUGCAUUUUAUUACUUCUGGUGUAAACUGUCACAUAUGCCAUGUCUGCACAUGGCAGUGUCCCUAAUGAAGCCCAGGCUCUUGCAUCACCUUUUGAGUGGAAGAUGCUUUGAAAAGCAGAGACAGCCAAGUCUUUCUUUAUCAGCCUCUUCUUCACUUUCUGCUGUCAGCUGGCAUCCAAGAAAACCACUGGUAACACUGAACUGUUGGCUAGCAAUCACUGAUGCUGCUAAUAGGUGUGUGAACUAUCUGCUAUUAUUAAACCACAGCUACUGAUGCUGCAGUAUCUGUCUGCACCACCUGUAUCCCCAGGCACACUGAUAGAAGUAGAGUUGAUUGCUCCACACAAACAUUUCUAUCUUUUGCAAUUGGCUGUUGUAUCUGUGCACUUUUUAUUUAUUUAUUUUUUUAGUACUGAAAGAACAUUUGAGUUUUCCUUCACAGAUUACUAGGCCAGUAAUUACUAGGCUUUUAGGUCUCCAUUUUGCCUAGAGAACCUCCUGUAUUCUAUAGUAAAUUGCUUUUUUUUUUAGAUGAUAUGCUUGGAAAGAAGCAGCAGUUUUCAGGUAAAGCUUCUGGCCUGCUUCAUUCUCUUCAUUAUUACAAACAAAAUCUGAAUGUACCAUAGCCCAGCGAGUCCAUACGUGCUGAUGUGAAGUCAGUUUUACCUCCUGUACUACAGUUGUAUUAGCACUUAAUAAUAGCUGGGAAAAUGUCUGUUAAUGGAGAGGCAAAAGGGAGAGAGAGCCACAGUGAGGCUUUCAGCAGCCAAUGCUGAAAUUUUUCUCCAGGCUGAAAAUAUGCUCCCAACUUGAAGGGGGACAAGUUUGGAGAUCGAGUGUGCAGUGGUUAGAAGCUCCACAGUGAAGCCUGUGGUUGUUUCUGAAUGUAAAUUAAUAAAGAUUUCUUCACAAGAAUUAUGGAAUCCCAGAUGGCAGGGCUCUGUGGGUCCGUCUGACCCAACCCCACUUCCAGAGCAGGGUGCCCAGGCCCCUUUCUGGGCGGCUGCUAGAGAUUUCCAAAGAGACUGGCAGCCUGUGCCAAUGCUUCGUCACCACACAGCACAGAAGUACUGCCUGGUGUUCAGACAGGCCCUCCUGUAUUCCAGUUUGUGCUCAUGGCUUUUUACCCUGGCACUGGACACUAAACACCCUGACUAAUGGUCAUCAUGUUGGCAUAGCAGCUGCUCUGGCAAGGAAUUGUAGCUUUUACGAAAAACAGCAUUACAUCAGGGGGGUAAUUACAGCUGCACAAUGUAACCAAAAUACCCUGAGCAAAUGAAACUGCUUGUUUAACAGUACUCUGUCUUUGCUAUGUGACUACUUUAUGGUUUCAUAAAGGAGGACCCAGUUGGUAGGCAGAGAGGCAGCCUAAGGAAGAGACUUAGUCUUGCAGUUACUAGGUGCUGUGGGAUGUGAAACCCUACUAUGGAUGCAAGUAUAUAUGUAGGUGACUUCUCUUUUUUUUUCUAUUACUUCUUUAUUUAAAAAAUAAAAACUUGACAGGUUGUUUUUUGCUUAUUUUUCAAAUACAUAGCUAAAUAGCAGGAUUAAUGGAUAUUUUUAUUGCACUAGAUUUAUUUUUCUGAAAAGAUGUCACUGAAACCCACCAUUUGUGUCUCAUUGGAGACCUUUGUUGUUAAAAAUUUACGCUCGGAUCCAUGGCAUCUCAGUAUUCAAAUCUUUGGGGAUAAAUGGUGUCACUUGAAAGCUGCAGCUACCAUUGAGGGCAGCCCAGCAUCAUUUGAAUUGGAAGAGGAUGAAUCGGAUGUACAGAAGAAAAUUGGAAGAAUCUUCAAAAUCUUGCUUUUGCAAAUAUUUGGAUGUCAUCAUGUUCUUCUAACCUCCUCCUGCAUAUACACUGGAGAAGUGAGGGAGUGGAGGCAGCUAAGUGCAUGUGGUUACCAGGCAGUCCGAACUGCAGAAAUCUGCACUCCUAUCUUAUUCUGCAAGAAGAACAUCUCUAAAUAUUAGGAGUGAAAGAGUGUUCAUGCAAACACAGAGCAAGGCAGGAAAUUCUGGGGAGGAUGCGCAACAAUUUGGGGAAAAUACUUUGAUGCAUUUAAUUCUUGCUGCAACUAAAUGAUCUUUUAGAGCAAUGAUUAAUGUGGAAUCCAAAGGUGCAGUGUGGAACUGUUUAUUUUAUGUUCACAAAGAAGUGAUUGAUUAAAGGUAAAUUAAUUAUAUGCACAUGACAUAAGGUCUAAAAAUAGAAAAUGUGUUACAAGCCAAGCUCUGUCUAUGUUGGUAUUGUGUAUUUUAUUCUAUAAAAAGAAAAAAAAAACAAACCAAUAAGAAAAAGAAAAGUGGUGUUCUGGACCUGUGAAUUUUUUUUGCAAGAAUCAGAAAUCUCUCCUGCAUCUGUUUUUCCAUAACAGAUUAGAAUAGCAGUCACGCUGAUCUCCAGAGGCUUUAAAUUAUGAUUUUUUAUUUUUUAAAGUCUUGACUGAGCUAGUGUUUGAGGCAAUGCAGAAUUCAGAAAUGCAGCCCAUCAGCAGUUCUUCGCAGCUCUAGUUUCUGUAUGCAGAAUAUUAAGGAAGCACGAGUAAAGUUUAACAAUGUACAUUAAGGCAUUAUGCAGCUGCACAUUGUUGCCUCAAUAACAUUACAUCUAUUUUGUAGAAAACUGAACUAUAUCAUCCUAUUAAACAAUGUGGAAUAAAACCUAUCUUAAUAUUCAUAAAUAAAAUCUAAUUAUGGAUGCCAAUGUUCAGAAUUAAAAGAAGGAAGAAGUAGUUCUUCUCGUGUGUCCUUUUUAGUGUGUUUGUCAUAGAGAAAACACAGAGACAGCAUUAGAAGAUGUGAGGUAGAUUCUUCCCUGUCUCUCUCUUUUGUUCUCCAAGGUUUCUCAGGCUCCUGUGUUCUGCUCAGAGGCCUGCAGUAUGCCUGCUUCAUGGAGGAAGCUGUUUUUGGAAAGAGAUGUUAAAAGGAAGUAGUUCACAUCUGCUGCUUUUGGAGACGAGGAAGCCCUGCUAAUAGGAGAAAUGAUGAAGGAAAGAGAAGACUUGAGGGCACAGGGGUUAAGAAUGAAUUAACAAAGUGGAAAAGGAAAAUACUACAACUUUUCUUGUUAAUGCUUAAGAUUUUCAGCUCGUGGUAUUUUUAUGUGGCUUUGAUCACCACUAUAUUUAAGCAAAAAACAGAUGGAAGCCUUUCCCAGUUAGUGUCUACCUAAGAAAUGAUUUCCUUGAUUGUGUGAGUCACUCUUCUGUCUUUGUCCUGAAUCUGUCACCUUUUACCCUGACAGAUUAUUCCCUUGUGUCAACCUGCAGAAGUCACCAAUGCACCUAUUCUGCCCAACUUAUACAAGACUAUUAAAUCAGAGGAGAUACUAUAAAGGAGCACUUCUGUGGUUCUGCUUGAAGAUGGGUGUUGGUGUUGUACAGAAGUGAGACAAUGAAGACACUGCCAGGGUUUUGAUGUGCUUUCCUCUUCUUUUUAUUAAAGCCUUAUGUUGAUUUCAUA